AUGGGCGCCUGUUGCAGUCCGCUGACGACACUCGCAGCGUGCUGUCUCCCUCCGGUCGAUCGCGUUGACGCAGACACGCCUUCGCGCCGCCUCUCACGCUGCACUCCGGAUCAUCGACUGCACCAUUCCGCAUGCGCCCCUUCGUCCUUCGUUCCCGCACUCUCACACACGCAUGCGCCACGCCACUCGCAAGCGUACGACUUGCGCGACCGCGACACAGGCACAAAGAUCAACUGCAGCGUGCAGGUGCGCGUGUGGAUGAAGCGGCCGCCCGUGCGCGGGAUGCCCGCAGAGCCCGUCGAGCUCCCCAGGAAUUGGUACCUGGACGACCUGCCGCCGAUGCUGCAAGUGUCCGCACUGUGUCGAGCGAGGCACGGCUGCUCUGACGAGCCGCGGGCCAGCUUCUUCAAGUCGUCCCCGGACUCGCACAGCUUGGCGUCCGUGGACCGGGCCUCUCGCUCGCUCUUCCCCCGACCAGCCGGUCUCUUGCGCGCGAGGCUGUACGCACGCCCCAUCGCGCGCUGUGGACGCGGGCACAUCCCGUCGUUGCCUAGUCAAUACUGUGUGCAAGCGGCUGGUUUACGAUCUCUUGACGCUCACGCUCCCGCUGCCCGUCUGAGCGCGCGCGUACGGAUAUCCGACUCACAGCGGCCACCAAACUCUGAACUUGUGCGGCCACGGCUGCACCCUCCCGCAGCCUUCUCCAGUCAGGUCGGUCUGCAGCCUGCGGCCCAUACACACUCGCAUCCGCAUCACGCAUGCCCCUCACUACUCGCUCGCGGCAUCUCACUAGCAUCUGGUCAUCAACCGCUCUCGCCCGCAAGCUGCACCGCUGAUCCCUUACGCGCGAAGUCGCUCAUUACGCACACACCGCACCCGCACGCUACGGACGUUCGCACGCCCGCCGUCUUCCGCCGGUCGCGUAGCCAUCGUGCCUCCCGCAACACGCGAGCUCUGCGCGCGCGGCGCCCGCGUCUUCCAUACCCCAGCGCAACUCACCCGCCGACGGCAGAACGCGGCCGGGGGUGCUCCCGGGAGAAAGAUUCUCGAUUCUCGAUUUUCGGUGCCCAGCACGGUGUUCGCGCGUUGCCCGCACGCGCGAUGACCGCUGGCCCGGGCUCUUCGUGUCCGAACGUCCACGCACGGCCCCGGGAGGCGGGGGCGCACCAACAGUCCUCCUUUGCAUGCGUCCCCGGUCGCGAGCGAGACUACGGCACGGCGCAGUGUGCGCGGCAGAGGACGCGCAUUUUGCACGUCGCGCGGGCGCGGUGUGAGGCUUGCGCCGCCACGGCGUCUUCCACCAUCGGACCAGACCAGACGUGCAUCCCCGCAUGGAGACGCGCGGACGGACGCACCGCCUAG